CUUCCCCUUUCGUUCAGAUGAAAGGAGCCAGCAAGGACUGUCCUGAAGUAUUCCUCAGGGGCCUUUUUGUCAUUGUUCGUUCCUUUUCUCCCCCCCUUGUACACGACUAUUUGCUGACCUUUCCAAAGGAAUCUCAGUCCCCCCAGUUCCAGCUGAGAAGACAGUUCUUAAUAAAAAGCAAACAAACAAAAAACAAAAAACAAAACCAAUCAGUUCCUGCUGUUUGAAUGGAAGGUGCAGCUUGCUGCGGUUCUUUUUGCUGUGACAUUUUGGAAUGUCUGCAGAAACUUAAAGCAAAAUACCCGAACCUUAAAACUCCUUGGAUUAGGUGAGAGAAAAGGAAGUUUUUUCCAAAAAAAGAAGUAAACGAGAGAUGGUAACUUAUUCCUGAUUCGGGACCUGGACUAUCAAAGCCUUCAAGUUCUAGGAAUCAGCACUUCAACCCUAACAAAUAAACAUGAGAAGGAGUGGCUGUGGGGUAUUGCACAGAGGCAGGUUUUAAAGGAAGUCUGGAACUGAUUGAGGACUUCGGGCCUGUAUGAUGCCUGAAGACCGAAAUGCUGGGGGCCGGCCCUCGGGUGCCUUAGCGUCAACUCCGCUCAUUCCUAAAACUACAUACAGAAGAAUCAAGCGGUGUUUUAGUUUUCGGAAAGGCAUUUUUGGACAGAAACUUGAAGAUACUGUCCGUUAUGAGAAGAGAUAUGGGAACCGUCUGGCUCCAAUGUUGGUGGAACAGUGUGUGGACUUUAUCCGACAAAGGGGGCUGAAGGAAGAGGGUCUGUUCCGACUGCCAGGCCAGGCUAACCUUGUUAAGGAGCUCCAGGAUGCCUUUGACUGUGGAGAGAAGCCAUCAUUUGACAGCAACACAGAUGUGCACACAGUGGCAUCACUUCUUAAACUGUAUCUUCGAGAACUUCCAGAACCAGUUAUUCCUUAUGCAAAGUAUGAAGAUUUUUUGUCCUGUGCCAAACUGCUCAGCAAGGAAGAGGAAGCUGGUGUUAAGGAAUUAGCAAAGCAGGUGAAGAGUUUGCCUGUGGUCAAUUACAACCUCCUGAAGUAUAUUUGCAGGUUCUUGGAUGAAGUACAAUCCUAUUCUGGAGUUAACAAAAUGAGUGUGCAGAACUUGGCCACUGUCUUUGGCCCUAAUAUCCUGCGCCCUAAAGUGGAAGAUCCUUUGACCAUCAUGGAGGGCACUGUGGUGGUCCAGCAGUUGAUGUCAAUGAUGAUUAGCAAACAUGAUCGCCUCUUCCCCAAAGAUGCAGAACCGCAAAGCAAACCCCAAGAUGGCACAACCAAUAACAACAAUGAAAUUCAGAAGAAGGCCACCAUGGGCCAGCUACAGAAUAAAGAGAACAAUAAUACCAAGGACAGUCCUGGUAGGCGGUGCUCUUGGGACAAGUCCGAGUCUCCCCAGAGAAGUGGUGUGGAUAAUGGAUCCCCCACAGCUCUACCAGGUAGUAAAACCAACAGCCCAAGGAACAGUGUUCAGAAGCUGGAUGUCUCUAGAAGCCCCCCUCUCAUGGUCAAAAAGAAUCCUGCCUUCAAUAAGGGCAGUGGGAUAGUCACCAAUGGGUCCUUCAGCAGCAGUAAUGCCGAAGGCCUGGAGAAAACCCAAACCACUCCCAAUGGGAGCUUACAGGCCAGAAGGACCUCUUCACUGAAGGGGUCUGGUACCAAAAUGGGCACCCACAGUGUACAGAACGGAACGGUGCGAAUGGGAAUUUUGAACCCCGACACACUUGGGAACCCCGUGAACGGUCGCAGCAUGAGCUGGCUGCCCAAUGGCUACGUGACCCUGAGGGAUAACAAGCAGAAAGAGCAAGCAGGGGAGUCAGGUCAGCACAACAGGCUCUCCACCUAUGAUAACGUCCAUCAGCAGUUCUCCAUGAUGAACCUUGAUGACAAGCAGAGUGUUGACAGCGCCACGUGGUCCACUUCCUCCUGUGAAAUCUCCCUCCCCGAGAAUUCCAACUCCUGUCGCUCCUCCACCACCACCUGCCCGGAGCAAGACUUUUAUGGGGGUAAUUUUGAGGACCCUGUUUUGGAUGGGCCCCCACAGGAUGACCUCUCCCACCCCGGGGACUAUGAAAACAAAAGUGACCGGAGGAGUGUGGGAGGUCGAAGUAGUCGUGCCACCAGCAGCAGCGACAACAGCGAGACGUUCGUGGGCAACACCACCAGCAACCACAGUGCCCUGCACAGCUUAGUGUCCAGCCUGAAACAGGAGAUGACCAAACAGAAGAUAGAGUAUGAGUCCAGGAUAAAGAGCUUGGAACAGCGAAACUUGACUUUGGAAACAGAAAUGAUGAGCCUCCAUGAUGAACUGGAUCAAGAAAGGAAAAAGUUCACAAUGAUAGAAAUCAAAAUGCGAAAUGCCGAGCGAGCGAAAGAAGAUGCAGAGAAAAGAAAUGACAUGCUUCAGAAAGAAAUGGAGCAGUUUUUUUCCACGUUUGGGGAGCUGACAGUGGAACCCAGGAGAACCGAGAGAGGAAACACAAUAUGGAUCCAGUGACCCGCUUUCUCACGCUGUCUGCAAAGGCUGUGGGAGGGGCUCCGCGGUUGUGGCGGGAACAUUCUCCAGGAUCAGGCGGCUGGUCCCUUGCGGUGCAGCGCUCUAACUGGUCACGGAGUAUCAUUCACAGACAUUUCCCAUCCAUAUAUGCAAUGUGUACCAAAGUCCUCUCAUGCCCCAUGAUGCUACUGUCAAGUGUUACAACUGGAUUUGUGUAUAGAGAGUAGUUUUUAAAAAGUAAACUAAAAAUGAGAAGCAUAUCUCAAGAAUUAUUUUAUUGCAAGUCUUGUAUUUAAAAUGUUAAAUCAAUAUGUCGUUGCAAUUUAGCUUGCCCUCAAGCUUCACCCCUUGCACUUAACAUGAGCUAUUUUUGGCAUUGUGUUCUCAUCAGCUUAUUUUAUAGAUCAAUAUUUUUAUUUCCCCUUUUGCCGAGGAAAUGAAGAUAAGCAAAUAUAUAAAUAUAUAUAAAUAUAUAUCAGAUGAGUUAUUAAAAUCAAAAGAAUACUUUGUGGUUGUGCUAUUUGUGCCAAUAGACCUCUCCAUACCAAAAAGAGAAAUGUAAAUGGUUUUAUAAAAUACAAUAGAAUCACCAGGAAUGUUGGGUUUGCUCUUUAAAUUCUUCCCACGACAGGCUCAAUUUCUUGGUGAGGUGUCCUGACACAGAAAAUUUGGGAUUUUGUAACAAAAUCCCCUUCUCCAGGCCUAUUCUCACCUGGCCAGUUCCACAGAUGCAUGUCUCCUGCGCAGAAUGCACUUUAGAGGGGAAAAUGGUGAAAGCAGUAAUGAGUCACGCCAUGAAUCACUCUGGCCUUCUGGACUGAGUCUCUGUAACUGCCAGAUGGUUUCUAGAAAAGCUCUUCCUGCUCUCUGAAGAUCGGGAGGCAGUGCUUGCUGCGCUGUGAACACUUCCGGUCCCCUUAGGCCUUUCCUCCACCCCCAGCAAGCACUCUGCAACACGGGCAGUGCGAUGGUGUGACCGUGACAUCUGAGCUAAGAGUAUGUGCCAUAUAUAGUGGCAUUUUUCUCUAGCUCGGACCCCAGACAGGUUCUGUCCACGGGACGGCUGGCAGAGGCAGUGCCACAAGAGCAGGGGAUGGAGCGGAUAGACCCAAAGGAGACGGAGACACAUUUGGAAGAGGCAAACUAUUUCUAUUUUUUACAAUAUUGUUCUUCCCUGUCGAAAACAUAAUAAUUCACCGUACUCAAGACAUGAGUGCUUAAAGGUCCAAUUCUGACAAAUAUAUGAACAUCGGUAAUGGUGAUUUUCUAGAGAAGCCCAAGGCUCUCUGGACCUGGAGUUUGGGGAGAACAACACUUCAUGCUCAAGAAGGCAAUGAUCUUGAGAACCCAGGCAAAUAAAUAUUCCUCACACUAGAACAAAGAGUCACAAGAGGCAUAAUUGCAAAUAAAGACUGCUUGAGUUUA